UAUAUAUCGAGUCAUAGGCCUUAAAAGUCAUUGCUCGAAGCUAAAUUUGUGCAUUUUCGUUUCGGAUUUUUUUCCCGCACCCGUCAAUGAUUGAUAGUUAUCUUUUAACUUGGAAAUUUUGUUGAAAUUUUAAUUGAUUGUUAAUUGUAACUGUUUAUACAUGUUUCCAUUAUGAAACUCUAGACUUGGCGAUAAAAUUCUUAGCCAUCGUCUUAGAUCACGUUAAACCUGUAUCGUCAUAAGUCAGAGAGCCACCGCCAUCUAGUAAACUAAACUCAAGUAAUCUAAGAUUACAACCCAUACGAGCAGAACUUAACCUUCAUUGAACCUUCAUGUAAUCAUCUGACAAUCAUCUGUAAUAACAAAUUAUGUACACAAUGCAGUGCACGAGUUUCUAAACAAUUAUGUAACAAAUUUUACAUAACAUAGAGUAUAUUAAUGUCCUUUGAAAAUGGAUUGCCAUAGAAUCUUAAAGUUAUUGACAGAUUUUGGCGAAAGUACAAGUAGUACUGUAAAUGAUGAAAAGUUAAGAAAUAUUUCAGACUCAGUAUUAUUGACUUUACCGCUAAAUAUUGUGGAUGAAAUUGAACAAAACAAGAAUUUGGCUAAUAUUUCCAAUGAUACUGGGUGGCAUUAUCUUCAUUUACUUCUAUAUACUCUUAUCAAACUCAGUAAUAAUGAAUUUGCAGAAAAGAAUGCUAUUUUUACUGUUGAACAAUACCGCAUUGUUAAGACAGCAUUUGAAAUAUCAGCUUGCAUUGGAAUUUUACCUUGUUUAUUACCUCACAUAAAAAUUCAUACCUAUACUAUGAGAUCGAAAACAUUUAUAUUGGAUUUCAAUUUGAAUGAUGCGAUCGAGAAAUAUAAAAGAUUAUCAUAUACGACAACAGUUUUUCUAGAACUGUUUGGCAAAAAUACAUUCCGUGUAGCGGUAAUGUCUAAAUUAGAUUGUUUAUUAGUAGCUUUAUUACAAUUAUCACAUGCACCGCUAAAAAAACCUACAGAUAAUCAGACAACUGCAAAUAUUUCAAAUUCAGACUUGGAAAUGACACCUCUGCUGUACCAACAAUUGAAAAAUGAGCAAGAGAGUUUUUACAACAAGUUGCAAUAUGUUGUUGAAAACUGUCCUCAAUCCUUAUUAAUAAAAGAACUAAUGGUGAUUUUGAGUAUUAAAAACAACCCAAAAUGGCUGCAAAUAAACAUUAAAUGUCUCUUAACUGAAAGAAUUAUGUUGCCUAAUGGUAUUACUGCUCUUACAUUAGCAAUCUGCAAUGACGUUUCUGAUUUAGGAAAGUGUUGGGAUAAAUUAGAUAUUACUGCAAAACUCGUUGCUACAUCACAUGGAUCAGAUACUGAAAAAUAUUACAAUUCCAUAUGUCCACAGAUCUUGGAUCUUUUCCAUUCAAAAGAGAAUACUCAAGCUAUUAUAAUAGCAAAUGCUUGCAUGAAAGCUUUACAUGAUUAUAAUUCAAAAGUAUGUAUUGAAAAGAUAAUUAAUGUUAUUAUGAAACCACUGUUAGUAAAAUGUGAUUCUCAUCUAAAAACUUUUGCUAUAGUUAAGACUGAAGAAGAAGUGUCUCAUUGUAUAGAAAAUUUAUAUCAACUAUUUUUAACAACAAAUGCCGAAUUUAAAUGUUUACCACUAUCCCUUUUAUUACCAAUUUCAUUACCACUAUUUUAUUUAUAUGUUAAGUCAUACAAAAGCAUUUAUGUUUUACGUAAUCAAGUGCGUCAAUUAAUUUUAAAAAUGUUAACGGAUGAAACGACAAGAGAAAUGUUAUUUGCAGUAUUUUUGAACCAUGAAAUCACUAAUACGUGCGAAUAUGGAGAGAAAUUGAAUUUUUCCUUUGGAAUAAAUGGUGCCUUAGAAAUCACUUCAAAGUCGGAGCCCAUUGACUAUGAAGAAAUAACAGAUUGUCUUUUUAAUAUAGUUGAAAAGGAUGAAAAUUUUGCAUUUAGUUUAUUUAGGUAUUUGUUAAAAGUUUUGCCUAACAUGAAUAAUGCUACAGAAAAUGUAAGGAAAGGAAAACUAUUAGAAAUGCCACAAGAUUUAGAAGAGAGAAUAAUGAAACAAAUUUUUGCUGUAAAAUUAUUGACAUUAUGUUCAAAUUCAACUUUGGUGCAACAAGCUGUAUUGAAGAACCCUGAGCCGUUUUUAAAUUUAAUCAAUUUUUUUUUCUCAAAAACUAUUGCUAACUUUGGAAAUGAGGAUUGUGUGAUGCAUGAACAAGAUGCAAACACUUUAUACACAAGUUUGUUAUUCAUAAAAAUGAUUAUAACAGACUGUAAUGUACAAAAAACUUGGGAAACAUUUCAAAACUUCACAUCGACUAUAAAAAAGGAAUUUGAUUUAAAAAAAGUACCAGCACAUGUAUUUUCAUUAAUUGACGAAAUUGAAGCAAUUGUCAAAAAGAAAGGAAAAUCAAUAUCAAAUUACUGUGAUCUAACAGCUGAUAAUAAAAAAAUGAAUGAAUUUGAUAAAGCACUUGUUGAUUUAGUCGAUCCUCUACUUCCGGUUCGUGGACACGGCAUAAUUACACUUACUAAACUAAUAGAAAGUAGACAUCCAGAAACGACUCUUAAGAAAGACUUACUUUUAUGCAUUUUCCAAGAAAACUUGGAUCAUGAAGAUUCUUUUAUAUAUUUAGCAGCAAUUAACGGACUUUGCGCUUUGUCGUCAAUGUUUCCAGAAAAAGUUCUUGAAAUAUUGGUCCACGAAUUUAUUGGGCUUACACAGCAAUUAAAAAAUCGUGACGUAACACCAGAAACAAGAGCUAAACUUGGAGAAAUUCUUGUUAAGACGACGAGAUCUUUAGGCGAAGUCGCACCGAAGUACAAAAGUUUGUUAGUAAACGGUUUCCUAUGUGGGACAAGAGAUCCUGAUGCAUUAGUACGAGCUUCAAGCCUUUCGUGUUUAGGGGAAUUAUGUAAGAUCAUGGGUUUUAGGCUAGGAACUUUGAUAAUAGAGAUUUUAUAUUGUAUUGGAUGCAUUAUAAAAACUGAUAAGGACGAUAGUUGUCGAAGAGCUGGCGUUCUUGUUGCAACUUUGUUGCUUCGAGGACUCGGAAAAGAUACCUUAACUGAACUUGGCGAAAACCUGGUUACUCUUUAUCGAAGUCUCAAGUAUUUGCGAGAUAAUGAUAAAGAUGUAGUUUUACAAUUACACGCUCAGCUAGCUCUCGAAGAAUUUGACGACAUCGUGCAACAAUUUUUGUUCGCCAAACCGAAGCUUGAAAAGUCGAUAUUUUUACUAUCUGAUUAA